ACUCUUAUCAAUCAUUUUCAAAAAAUAAAAAAUAAAAAUUAUUGUUUGAAUCUUGACCCAAGCCCACCUGGAAAGAGAGGAACGUCGAAAGGGUAAAACAAGAAGCUGCCUAUUCACUGUUUGAAAAAACCAAAAAUCCUCUAAAGCUAUGUCAGCCUCCUCAAAUUCCCCAAUCAAAGACAAAGAAAACCCACAUAUAGAAUCCCAAAUCUUGGAACCCCUUAACCCCCAAAAUCAAAAAAACCCUCGAAAUCAAGAAACCCAACAGCUGUUUCUUGAUGAAAAUAAGCAAGAAAAUACAGUUGAUGUAAGUACUUGUGGUUCUUUAACUGUCGAUUUACAGCUCGGAGACUCCGAGGUAAGUAUCCCUGAGUGUCGUACGAUGUCUCCUAGUAAUACCCUUAAGAGGCCUAAAAGGAAAAAGGGUAAGUGUAAUACAAAAAAGUUACAAGCAAUAGAGAGGAAAGUGCAGACGAUAAGGGGAAAUUUAAAGCCUGUUCCUUUUUUCCCGUCCAAGAUUCUUGAUUUUGAUAGGCACGAGAAGUUGUUGAGGCGUUUAGGGUUGUGGGAUUUUGUGCAUAUUGAGUUUGAUAGAGAUUUAAGGGUGGAUCUGCUUGCACAAUUGAUUGCUACUUAUGAUUCGAGAAUGAGGUGUAGUUAUGUUAAUUUUUUUAGGAUUAAUGUUAAUCGGGCCGAUUUAGCACGGGCGCUUAAGUUGCCUGUGAAGAAGGAUAGAGGUAGUGUUGAUGGCAUGGAUUUGGAUGUUGAUCCGUUGACUGAGGAGUCGAUAAGUUUUCUUGAGAAUUUUGUGUCGAUUUGGGUGCUUUUACAUGAGGAUAUGUGGAUAAUGCCGAAUGAGGUGAUUAGUUGGACUAAGGCGAUAAAAGACGGGCAUCCUGAGAAAGUGGAUUGGGCUGGAUUGUUUUGGUUUAUGGUGGAGAAGGAAUUGAUACAAGGGGAUGAAUUAGUGGACUGUUAUUAUGCUGCGCAUUUGCAAUACCUGAUAAAAUCGCAGCGUGAGCAGGUGUUGUUUAGUGAAGAGCCAGAAAAGGUGGCGUUUGAAGUUGAUGUGAAGGAGGAGGAUGAAUGUGGUAAUGAGGAGAAUGCGAGAGCUGGUAUGUCAACUGAAGCUCGAGAAUUGGAUGGAGCUUUAGGGGGGGAACUGAAUGUUGAGUUGACUUUGGGGCAUGAUUGUGGUCCGAAGAAAGAGGUGAAAGAUGUGGAGAUGAUGGAUGGUGAGGAGCACAAGGAAGAGAAGGAGGUCGAGGAAGAGGAGCACAAGGA